AUGAAGUUUUUGUCAAAUAUGAGGUUAAACUGNGUUUGGUAUGUGACUCCGGUCAAAUAUGAGGGUAAACUGGAAGAUGGUACUUUAGUUGCGAAAUCAGAUGGAGUUGAAUUCACAGUACAAGAAGGUCAUUUUUGUUCUGCUAUUGCCAAGGCUGUGAAGACAAUGAAGAAAGGUGAAAAGGUCCUUCUCACAGUCAAGCCGCAAUAUGGAUUUGGUGAGAAGGGAAAUCCAGCCUCUGGUGAUGUUGGAGCUGUCCCACCAAAUGCUACACUGAAUAUCACUCUGGAGCUGGUCUCAUGGACAACAGUUUCCAUGGUCAUCAAUGACAGGAAAGUCAUUAAGAAGAUACUGAAAGAGGGGGAAGGAUACGAGAGCCCGAAUGAAGGAGCUGUGGUGAAAUUGAAAUUGAUCGGGAAGCUUCAAGAUGGUACUGUCUUCAUUAAGAGAGGGGACAACGAUGAUGAUCUCUUUGAAUUUAUGACGGAUGAAGAGCAAGUAGUUGAGGGGUUGGACAGGGCUGUGAUGACUAUGAAGAAAGGGGAGGUGGCACUAUUGACAAUUUCACCAGAGUAUGCAUUUGGUUCAUCUGAGUCGAAACAAGAGCUGGCUGUGGUCCCACCAAACUCAAUAGUGUACUAUGAUGUUGAGCUUGUCUCGUUUGUUAAGGAGAAGGAAUAUUGGGAUAUGAAUACCCAAGAAAAGAUUGAGGCUGCUGGCAAGAAAAAGGAGAAAGGGAAUGCAUUAUUCAAGGCGGGCAAAUAUGCGAAAGCCUCAAAGACAUAUGAGAGGGCAGUCAAGUACGUUGAGUACGAGACUUCUUUUAGUGAAGAGGAAAAGAAACAGGCAAAAGUAUUGAAGGUUACUUGCAAUCUGAACAAUGCUGCUUGCAAGUUGAAACUGAGAGAUUAUAAGCAGGGGGAGAAGCUAUGUACUAAGGUUUUGGAACUUGAGAGUACAAACGUGAAGGCGCUAUAUAGAAGAGCUCAUGCAUACAUGAACAUGGCUGAUCUGGAUCUUGCCGAAAUUGAUCUUAAGAAAGCUCUUGAAAUUGACCCUGACAACAGGGAUGUGAAGCUCGAGUACAUAGCUCUUAAGACUAAGGUGAAGGAGUACAAUAGAAAAGAAGCCCAACUUUAUGGUAACAUGUUUGCGAAGUUGAAUAUCGAAAGAAGGCAGAACCCAUGA